AUGCAUUCAAAACAGGAUGCCGAGGGUAAAACACAGUCAAGUAAAACAAAAAAGACGACAGGAAUUAAAGAUAUCACUAAACGAACUCAAGCAGAUGUUCUAGCACGUUUUACUGAUGAACAAUUGGAGGAAUUCCGUGAAGUAUACAAUAUGUUUGAUAAGGAUAAUGCAGGCAUAUUGACAACACAAACUAUUGCAACGGUCAUGAAAUCUCUCGGACAAACGCCAACAGAAACGGAUUUAAUUGAUUUGUUGCGUGAAGUAGACAAAGAUAAUUCAGGCGAUAUUGAUUUUUAUGAAUUUGUCUCGGUUAUUUCACACCGAAUGCAACCUGGUGAAACUCAACAAGAAUUGAAACAAGCAUUUGAGUUAUUCGAUAAAAACCAAGAUGGAUGGAUAACUGCCGAUGAAUUGAAAUUAGCUAUGAUAAGUUUAAAUAUUCAAAUAACAGAUGUUGAAUUGAGACAAAUGAUUGAAUUGGUAGAUAAUACAGAAACUAGACGAGUGUCAUUUGAAGAUUUUUGUCAUGCUGUCAUUUGUGUAAAAGAAAAAAAAUAG